GGUUUGGCGCAGAUGGAGCGGCUAUUGGACGUAUCACGGAUCCGUUAAUCGAGGCGUCUGUAGGGGGGCCGAGAGGGAAGCGGCGCGGCGGCGGAUCCCCACCCGUGAGCAUGGCGGCGUGUAUUCACGAAGACCGGAGAGAGCUGAAAGACAUGGAAAACACUAAUGUCGCUUGAAUUAAUCGGAUCAUAAAGGAUUCUAUUAAUUCGCCGGUACCGAAAAAGAUAGUCGGCGGGUCUUUUUUUUUUUUUUCUCCCAUAGGAUGGUGAGCUGAGCAGAGGAAAAGAACAAGUUACUGGUGAACGCAUCUUUUCAGCCGUUGUCCGUUGUGAAUCAUAGGCGCGUCUGGGCCGCCGGUGCACCGGGUGUCUCCGUGAUCAUGAUGCGCCGCUGCGGGAUGCGUGUUGUGCGAGGCUUGCGGAUAUCGGCGGACAUUCUUGUUUAAACGCACUCAAACAUGAACAUCAUUUCCACGUCGAGUGCCGUGUGAGUUUAUUUCGAUUUUUACACACGUUCAGACAGGAGUGAUGCGCGAGUAUAAAGUGGUGGUCCUCGGGAGCGGCGGGGUCGGUAAAUCCGCCCUCACCGUUCAGUUCGUGACCGGGACUUUUAUCGAGAAGUACGACCCGACCAUCGAGGAUUUUUACCGUAAGGAGAUCGAGGUCGACUCGUCGCCGUCGGUGCUGGAGAUCCUCGACACGGCGGGCACGGAGCAGUUCGCGUCAAUGCGGGACCUGUACAUUAAAAACGGACAGGGCUUCAUUCUGGUCUACAGUCUGGUCAACCAGCAGAGCUUUCAAGACAUUAAACCCAUGAGAGAUCAGAUCAUCCGAGUGAAGAGAUAUGAGAAGGUUCCUGUGAUCCUGGUGGGGAAUAAGGUGGAUCUAGAGAGUGAGCGGGAGGUGUCUGUGAGAGAGGGACAGGCGCUGGCCGAGGAGUGGGGCUGUCCGUUCAUUGAAACCUCGGCCAAGAGCAAGACAAUGGUGGACGAACUCUUUGCUGAGAUCGUACGGCAGAUGGACUAUGCAGCACAGCCGGAUAAAGAUGACCCAUGCUGCUCCUCCUGCACUAUACAAUAACUCACAUUUCAAUAACUUUCAUAGACCUUCUUGUGUCUGUGGUUUUCAUCAUUCUACAGACUGACAACAUCUUUUGUCACUUCAGAUUUGGGCAGACUCAACCACAGGAAGAGCACUUGCCUUAGGUCUCACAUUUCCCGUUUGAGCAGGAUCCUACAGUGGAGAUGUAUGGGCUUAUAAGUUUUGAGUUUUUAAGUCUUGAUGAUUUUAUCUGAAUUUGUCACCAGGUCAGAGACAGAGAGAAGAAAAGGGUUCUUAGCCAUAUGAAUUCAUUUUUUCAAUAUUCAAAUACUUUCUCCUAUCCCACCUUUCUGUGGACAAUUACAAGUAAGCCGUUUGUAGGUUUAUUCCCCUAAAACAUGUAAGCACUGUGGCACUAUCAAAACAUUGACUCAAGCAAUGGUGUAAAGUUUGGGGCGGGACUUUUUCUUUGACCAAUGGCAGAUGGGGGUAGUGUUCGGUAAAGCUGAUUGAAAACGGUCAUUGUUUUUGGUGACUAGUGGCUCAGAAAUUAUACACUUCCCCUAUAACGAUCAGAUUUUAAUCAACAAUUCAUUAAAGAACCCUCAAAAUCAUGUUUCUCUAGUGAGCUGCCUAGCUGAACACCAAAGCAGGCAGAAUAAUUACUUAAUGUUGCGUUCCUUUUGUCUAUGGCAGCAUGCAUAAGGCUGUUCCAGAAUGCACAAUGAUUAAUUAAAAAGUGCUGCAUUUUAUUUUCUUAAAUGUGGAAUGUUUAUCAUUAAUUGCGUACAUCACCAUGGGUGCCGCCAAUUUUUGCGUCUUGCAGUUUCCAAAUUGGUUCUAAUUGCUGUUGCACUUUACCAAAUGGAAAGUUACAAAUUCAGACUUUCUUAGUUGAAUGCCGCUUACGGCUCUUCAGACCAAACGUGUUCUUGGGCUAAAAAAGCAAGAUGGAGCGUAACAAAUUCAACAAUGCAUUUUUAAGUUAAAGAUCUUUUAAACUUGACAUGGCAUCUGAAAAAGCAAGGGCAAAAACGUGUUAGGUGUGAACAACCCACUAAGUCCCUAUCACUAAAUGGACAGGUUAUGGGGUGAAAGAAUUUUGUACCCCCUUACCACUCCACUCUAAGCUUUUGUUUGAAAAACAUUCAUUUAGCUAUGUUUACACCUUUCAUCCUUAGUAGAAGGGUGUUCUUCAUUUAGAAAACACCCUCCAUUAUCGCAUACUUUGGAAAACAAUGACGUUAGGAAACUUUCUCUCUCGCUAUCUUUACCUUUCUCAUACAUCUCUUCAACAUCUCAGCCCCCUUUCUACACUCAUUAUUUUCAAUAUUCUGCCAUGAUUGUAUGGGUCAUUGAUGCUGAUGAAUAUUGGUGGACUUUAAAUACAUUUGGAAAGAGGUUGCCAGUUUUUCUUGGUACCCUCGUCCUGACUGAGGUUGAGUUUAGACCUCAGCGAGGAACAGAAUGAUGAUAUGCAUAUGAGUGGAUGUAUGUCUAUUUGAGUGUAUGUGUUUGAUAGAGAGCUCUGAGUUGUUAUUGAUUUUAUAUUUUUAAUGUGGAUGUUUGCUCAACUCUCGUAAAGGACUGAACGGUGACACUCUUUUGUUUAGCACCUAAAUAAAGUGCAUCCAACACUCUCACGCACUCUGAAUGGCAUUUUCUGUAUUUUUUUUAUUAUUUGCUACUAACCCACACAAUGUAUAAGCCAGAAAUUGUAAUAUUUGACCAGAACAUUCUGGUCUGAAUGUCUGCACAAACUUAACAGGAUCUGUUUUUUAUCAGCCAGGUUUUGUUUUAAUGUAAUGACUGUUGAACUAUUUGUUUGUGGUAAAUACAUGUUAGUUACAUAUUAUUGAGCACAUGCUUUCCAUCUACACUGAUUUAUGGGGCAUUAACACAAACAGCAGUUGAAAGCUUCACUGCACUCACUGCACAUUUGCAAACUCUGUUUAACUUCGUCGCAUUGUCAACCGUCUCUGUUGCCGCAUAUCUCCAGCUCUCAUUAAACAAUUGAUUUUCGGUCACCUGAUCGCCGCAAUGCCACUUUACAGUAGGGGAGACCAGGGCUAGUUGGCACACUUUUCAUUAUUUGCUGAAUAUCUCUGGUGGAAUAAAAGUUAAGAUGCCCCAACCAGUGCUGAUGAAAUUUGUUUAAAAAUAAAUUCAGUGUCACCAAAUAUUUAUUGACUUUUGUAAAUGAUUGAUUAAAUUAUUAGCUAUAG